AACGCACUGUCUGCAACUUUUUUCUACUCAAAAUUCUCCAUUUUCUCUCUUUUUAAUUCUCUUCGUUUGUUAUAGAAUAAACGGAGGGCAAAAAUGGGUUCUCGGGUUCAGUCUCAUCAGCUCAGCAAUGGGUUGUUUGUUUCUGGAAGGCCGGAGCAUCUAAAAGAGCGGCAACCGACAAUGUCAUCACGGGCGGUGCCGUACACCGGUGGUGAUAUCAAGAAAUCCGGUGAGCUUGGGAAAAUGUUGGUUGAUCGUUCCUCUUCCAGUGGUCCUCCUUCGAACCCCAACUCGAACCCCAACUCGAAGCAGCAGUCGCAAGUUCUGCAACCUUCACGUGCUUCGUCUUCUUCGCAGCCCAACAGUGGAUCCAUGCGAUCCGGGUCUAACUCGGGUACCAUCAGGAAAUCGUCGGGUCCCAUGCCGCUUCAGCCAACUGGGCUAAUCACUUCGGGUCCGCUCAGCUCCUCCGGUCCCCGGAGGUCGGGGCAGCUCGGUCAGGUCGAGCAAACGGGUGGUGUUUCCGGGAAAUCAGGGUACGGUCCCGGCGUGACGAGUCUCGGGGAAGGUGUGGGAUUUGGGUUUAGGGUUUCCAAGGCUGUGAUUUGGGUGGUUAUGGUGGUGGUGGUGAUGGGGUUGUUGGUGGGGGCAUUUCUGAUGGUUGCCGUGAAAAAAGUGGUGGUUCUUGGGGCGGUGGGCGCGGUGGUUGUCCCCAUGGGGUUGGGUUUAGUUUGGAAUUGUAUUUGGGGAAGGAAAGGCUUGCUGGGGUACAUGAGGAGGUACCCAGAUGCUGAGCUUAGAGGUGCUGUUGAUGGCCAAUACGUGAAAGUUACUGGGGUUGUCACAUGUGGUAGCAUUCCAUUGGAAUCAUCUUACCAGCGGGUGCCAAGAUGCAUAUAUGUUUCCACUGAAUUGUAUGAGUAUAGGGGAUGGGGUGGAAAGUCUGCAAAUCCUAAACAUCGCUACUUCUCCUGGGGAUGUAGACAUUCUGAGAAAUUUGUUGCGGAUUUCUACAUAUCAGAUUUCCAAUCUGGAUUAAGAGCAUUGGUCAAAGCAGGCUAUGGAGCUAAGGUUGCUCCAUUUGUCAAACCGGCUACUGCAGUUGACAUAACAAAAGAAAACAGGGACUUAUCUCCAAGCUUUUUAAGCUGGCUAGCGGAACGGAAUAUCUCCAGUGAUGACCGUAUAAUGCGCUUAAAGGAGGGUUACAUAAAAGAAGGGAGUACGGUAAGCGUGAUGGGGGUUGUCCGACGCCAUGAUAAUGUACUCAUGAUCGUGCCACCAUCAGAACCUAUCCCAACAGGAUGCCAAUGGAAUCGGUGCCUCCUUCCAACAUAUGUCGAAGGUCUUAUCAUGACAUGUGAUGAGAAUCAGAAUGCCGAUGUUGUCCCUGUGUAGAUUCAUCGCGAUCGAUCUUAAGUUUCUACUUAAGGAUGGGAAAAGGUUGAAGUAUCACAAUACCAGUAUAACUCUUUAUCUUCCAUUGCCUGCAAGAUCAAGUGCAUGCAUGCAAAUGUGGUAGAAAUCAAGAAAUAUAACACAUAAAGAGGAAGUCCGAAACUGCAUACUAAUCAAAGGAUAAUCUACUUUUGGAUCAGCAUGCCGGGGAAAGUAAAGAUUGUAUUUUUGGUUGAAGCUAUACAUGGAAUAUGUUGUAUUGUGAAGAUGAAUGAGUAUGUUUUAGUGUAUAUAUGGAAUAGUGUUUUUCUUUGGAAAAAGAGGAAUUUUCUAAGCUUUUACGUAUUUGGUGCUGGUUUAUGUUAUGAAAUGCAAUGUUAAGAAAGUAGAUGGGUACAUAUGCAAAUAA